AUGAUCGCUUCUCUCCCAUUGCAAAGGUUCAGAACUAUAGCUCUUGUUUCUGUCGCCUUGCUUCUCUUGUUUGUUACCAUUUUCUUUUAUCAUCCAUCGAGAGAGGCUCAAAUUCGGUAUGCACUUCCGGAAUGGCCGAGCCAGAAUGAGAUUCAGGCACAACCUGUUCCUCCAAACUCGAAGAUAAAUGCGCCUACUGAAUACAAUAUUCAACCUUACCACUCUUCCUUCUGUGCCGAACGUUAUGGUCGCCCAUAUCUUGAGAAUAUGCGUGAUACUGCUACCGCAUACUGUAAGCCUGGUUCCUCUGCGAAUUUAACCUGUUUCCACACGACCAAGUGGCCUGGGUCAGGUAGAGAUACUCUGUGCCUCGGGCAGUCAGCAAGAUGGGAAUCUACCGAAAAGAAGUUCAAUCUCGGAUGUGAAAUUCGAACCUUGGAUGGGGAGGAAAAGGCCAAAGGGUACCCCGAUUUCAACAAUUUUCGGUCUUACUGGUACGGUACUGGCACGAAAGUUAUCUUUGACGACCAUGUCUCGGUAUCUAGAAAAUCCCACUCAAAUUCUACCACAAAAAAAUAUACCAUUCUUGUCAAACGCGAAGGCGAAGGAAAUUUGUGGCAUUGCCUAAUGGAAAUUUGGUCGACAUUCAUGACCAUGGAUCUCCUGAAAAUGGCUGUUGAUCCUACAACAAACGCUCCGUUUUACACAUCUGAAGAUGUAGAAAACACUCAGAUAGUCAUCCUAGACGAACAUAAGGACGGCCCUUACAUAGAUCUUUGGACCGCGACUGCACAGAGACCGAUAAUCAGACUUAACGAGCUUCUCGAAACGACAGAAUUCGAGAACAUCAUAAUCCCAUUACCGGGUGCCAGUAAUCCUAUCUGGCAAGGAGACUGGCAAAUUCACGAUUGUGGGCUUUCGGAGUUACUACGUUCGUUUUCUGAUCGAGUUCUUGAUUUCUACAAUGUGGAUCUUUGGAAACCUCACGGUGGGGAUAUAGUUUUGACCUUCAUCAAUCGACGCCGACGACGACUUGUUGAUCAAGAUUCCUACCUAGAAGAGCUCAUGUCGCGCUAUCCCCAUGUCAGGAUCCAAAAUAUUGACUUCGAAUCCCUAUCUUUCUCAGAACAAGUCAGGGUAGUCCGUGAGACUGACGUUCUAGUUGGAGUUCAUGGAGCCGGCCUGACUCAUGGUAUGUUUCUUCCCGAACGGUCAGUAAUGGUUGAGAUCUUACCAGAAGAACUCAACCACAAGGGUUUCCGAAAUCUGGCUGGUCUCCGAUCGCACACAUAUCUCAGCGUGCACGCUUCGAAAGUGCCGGCACCUUCACGCCGGCAAAAGCGGGAAUGGCAUUGGGAAGAUCUCUCGCUGGACCGAGAUCGUUUCUUAGAUCUUAUAGACGUCGCAGUUAAGAGCGUAUAUAACACAGGAUCGCGAAAUUAUGAUGUGAAUUGA